UCACGGCGAGGAAGUACCUCAGCCAAUCACGGACAGGAGGAUGUGGCGUUGUUCGUUUUGAAAACGUUGGCGGUUUGUCCAGGAAAGAAGAGAGCGACGAGUGCUGCUGCUAAACCAAUAAAAGAAAUUGAGAUUUUAAAGCUGAUUUUUUUGUAAUACGUUUUGGAGACAUGCAGGUAAUUGAAUUAACGUAUUUAUUUUUUAGUUCAGAGUUAUGAGUGUAGUCUCGGAUUAGUCAGAAAGCGGGAAGGAAGCUGUUGUCAGUUGCUAAGAACAAGGAGAACCGUGAACCCAGAAGCCUCCUCACACAGACGGUCGGACCUCUCAGAGAAGAGAUGAACCCUGGUGCUGUCAUGGGCACUGGUCCUGGCCGAGUCCCGGUGAAACCCAGCACACAGAAGAAGUUCUCAAUUAAGGACUUUGAUAUUGGUCGGCCGCUGGGAAAAGGAAAGUUUGGGAAUGUGUAUUUGGCGCGAGAAAAGAAGCUGAAGACCAUCGUGGCACUGAAGGUGCUCUUUAAAUCCCAGAUGGAAAAGGAAGGAGUGGAACACCAGCUCAGGAGAGAGAUCGAAAUCCAGUCUCACCUCAGGCAUCCGAACAUCCUGCGCUUCUAUAACUACUUCCACGAUUCGUCGCGUGUGUUCCUCAUUCUGGAGUAUGCACCACGUGGAGAGAUGUACAAAGAGCUGCAGCGUUGUGGCCGCUUCAGUGAUCAGCGCACAGCCACGUUUAUGGAGGAGGUUGCAGACGCUCUUCAGUACUGCCAUGAGAAGAAAGUGAUCCAUCGCGAUAUUAAACCUGAGAAUCUGCUCCUGGGCUUCAGAGGAGAGCUCAAAAUUGCGGACUUCGGCUGGUCUGUCCAUGCGCCGUCGCUACGGCGACGCACCAUGUGUGGCACUCUGGAUUAUCUUCCUCCUGAGAUGAUUGAAGGGCAUUCUCAUGAUGAGAAGGUGGAUCUGUGGUGCAUCGGUGUGCUGUGUUACGAGUGUUUGGUGGGAAAUCCUCCAUUCGAGACAGCCAGCCAUUCAGAAACAUACAAACGCAUCACCAAGGUGGAUCUACAGUUUCCCAAAGUGGUUUCAGACGGCGCCCGUGAUCUGAUCUCCAAGCUGCUGAGACACAGCCCCUCCAUGCGUCUGCCUCUGAAGAGCGUUAUGGAGCACCCAUGGGUGAAGGCCAACUCGCGCAGAGUCCUGCCCCCUGUCUGUCAGCCCAAACCCACUCCUUCACACUAGCCUAAAUUCCUACUCAGUGCUUUUAAUCUUUUUAAUAAAAAAAAUAUUUAAUGAGUAUGUUGAUGCGGAUGAGUAGUUUUUGUAGGACUCCUCAGUCUGAUCAUUUAGGGUUAGUGCACAUUGUGGAGGGAAAAAUGGGGUGUGGGGAUCAAGAUUCCUCCUUCCAAGUAUGGCUUAUACUUGGAUCUGCCACGAUUGAACAUUUUAUUAGAUACACCUACCACACACACAUGUGCAGACUGUAGGUGUACAGUUACUGACUGGUUGGUGUUGACUGUUUAUCAGGUCUCUACUACUCCAUCCAUCAAUGGAAAGGCACCAGAAUAGACCAGCUAUCAUUAUGAGGGUGGAACAGCAGCAGAUCUACAAUAGAGUUUAUACCUAAAAUGUUUUCUCUCCACAGCACUGCUGGUAGCUGGAUAUUUUUGGUUGUUUGACUGUUUUUCACCUCAGCGGUAACACUGAUAUAUGUAUCUUAUUCAUGUCUGUACUUUUAUACACUGUUGUUUGUACUUUCUAUGUGUUUAGAGCUUUUAUGGCCUUCACUGUUGGCGCUCAGGUUAGGUGCUGAUUCUGACCAGUGAAGAACACGCUUUAGUGGUGUGUUAUAAGGCGUGGUCUUGCUACGUGGAACCAGUUUAAGAAUGACAUUCUUUGAUGUUUAAAUAAAAACCUUGUGAAUUACUGAA